UUGUGGCUUCAGUCUUCUUAUCUCUAACCCUCAGUAAUUUCAGCUGCCAUACUAAGCUGUUCACUCUGAAAUCAUGGCCAAGGACAUGACUCUCUGGUGGGGCUCCGGCUCUCCCCCCUGCUGGCGGGUAAUGAUCGCUCUGGAGGAGAAGAAACUGCAGGGAUACAACCAAAAACUGCUCUCCUUCGAGAAAGGAGAGCACAAGUCAAAGGAAGUCAUGGAUGUAAACCCCAGGGGACAGCUUCCUGCCUUCAAAUGUGGGGACAAAAUCAUCAACGAGUCCUACGGUGCAUGCUUCUUCCUGGAGUGUGAGUACAUGUCCCAGGGAACCAAACUGAUCCCUGUGACCUCCAGCGAGAAAGCCCUGGUGCUCCAGCGUACCUUUGAGGGUAAUACACUUCACCAGAAAAUGGUGGAUGUUUUUAUGUACAACCGGAGGGUCCCAGAGAAUGAGAGGCACGAAUCUGCCUUUAAGAGACUCAAGGAGACGCUGACUGGCGAGGUGCAGAUGUGGGAGGGAUACCUGCAGAAGACACCAGGUGGUUUCCUGGCGGGAAAGAGCUUUUCAAUGGCUGAUGUGAUUGUUUAUCCAAGCGUUGCUCUUCUCUUCCGCAUGGGGCUAAGUGAGAAACGUUACCCCAAACUGUCAGAAUACCAUAAAAAUCUGAAGGACAGACCCAGCAUCAAAGCCACCUGGCCUCCACUUUGGAAGGACACCCCUGGACAGGACUUUUUAAAAGACAUCUGAGAUUGAGAGGAUCAUCAGCUGACAAGCCAAUCUUUCUUUGUUGUGUUUUUAAUUUGUUACCAUUCCUUGUAUUUCAGUACAAUAUGAAGUCCAAUCAUGUGUGACUGAACAUGUGACUGUCACAUUGGUGUGAACAAAACCAAUUAAAAAGUCAGUUUCUUAUUC